UCGCCGUUUCGACAGCGCUGCGACCGAAACUCACGACUGACGUAGCCGGCAAGCUCACGUAGCGUAGUUCGCAAGACUGAUGAAAAAGCCAUGGCUGAGGCUCACACAUGGCGUGUUUUGUUAAGCUCUUACACGUUAGUCGCUGCGCUGGUCCUCUUGUACAGGGCGUCUCGGUGUUUCGCACUGGAGAAGAGCCGACCUGACUACACAGUCUAUCACAACCUAUCCGCUGUGUACGCCGAAGUCGCCGCCUUGGCUGAAACUUACCCGACCUACGUUCAAGUUGAUCACAGGUUCAAAUCGGGCAACGGCCUCUCCCAGCUGGUCGUGAGGCUGGCAAACUUCUCCGACAGCACGUUGCACUCGGCACCGCAGUUGCGAAGCUACAAGGUUCGCGCGCUACUUCUGUUCGGGCAGCGUGGGGGUGAGCUUGUGACCGUCGAGAGUGCCUUGCAUUUCCUGCGGCAGCUCUUCAAUGGACUCUCGGCGCCGAGUCACACCGUUGAAGGGGCUGUCAGUCGAAAGCUCCUGUCCAAAGUCGACCUACACCUCAUAGUCCUGGUGAAUCCCGAUGGGUUCAACCAUGCCGAGCGAACGGGCGACUACUGCUUCGACAAGACGGCGUCGGGGGCAAAGAUGAGCUCUCUUUUUGUCUGGGACCUGGAUAAGCACUUAAACGCCGAGCCCGAAACCCACGUCUUGCUGAACUUGAGCCGGGCACAGCCGUACGACGCAUUUGUUGCCUUCCAUUCGGGUAGCCGGGAAAUCCAUCUACCUUAUGCAGGGGUGCAGCCGGGCGUGUUUGACCACAAGCCAGCCAACUUGGAAGCGAUGACAGCAUUCGCCAAAGAAGUUGCAUUGGCCGUCAAGCCGAAAUUCAUCUACGGACAGGCAAAGCACCUGUUGAACAGGCAGCUCAACGGAACGGCGUUGGACUUCAUGGCUGGAGUGCGCAAGGUCCCAUUUUCUGUGUCUAUUGGCCUCUGGGAAGGCCUCGUCAGUUCCACGGGGUCAGACUGCUUCCGGCAGCUGAAUCCUGAUGGCGCUUUGCUCAAGAAAACUCUGAAAGAGCUGUACCCAUUGUACGCGGCCAUGUUCUUGCACUUGAUACAAUGGAAGGAGCAGCAAUCACGCCAUGCCUUCAGCAUAGAGAGUGACGGACCAUCCCUGCUGGUGUGCAUCGCAAUGCUCUCUCUAGUCAUGCUGGUGAUGGUUCUCUUUACGUGCCAGCGCCGGCUGCCAGACUCGAUGCGCUUCUACCCGAGGCGUCGUGUGGUCAGUCUCAAGAUGCUCAGCUCGUCACUGCACAGCAGCUGAUGGCGGCUCUCAGUUUGCUGGUGCAUUGCGGGAUUCGCUAUGUUUCCCCGAAUCUCAUGUUGCCUGUUGUUUUUAUGUU